UUGACAUUUGAAUUUUGUUUGAAAAUCUUCGCGUUGGAUACCGUUUUGUUUGGAAAUUGCGAUUAUGUAAAUGUCUUCAUGGAUAUUGAGAAAUAACUAAAAAUUUGCAAAGGACCAAACCUUCGGAACCAUUGUGAUGUGUGAAUAAUUUUGUGAAGUGCAAAACACCAUGUCUUCUCUACACUCGCAAAGAGAUCAUCUGAACGCCUACAAAAAAGCCACUUUGUGGUAUGUGAGCCUUCUGAGCAAGGCUCAUUCGAUGCCUCCAGACCUAUACAGGCAAAUAUUUAAAGAGGACGCCUUAGAGAAGCCCACACAGAACGUUUUCAUCCAUCUUACUCACUACUUGGCUUGCAUCAUUGAUGCUCAGAAAGCUGCCUCAUUGACCUGGCCACUGUAUGACUCCAAGCUGGAGAAAACCUACAGGACAGACUUCUCUAACUUCAUUAUUGAGUACUGCAAGAUGGGAGUGAUAUCACCAGUGAUGUCUUCAUACUUUGUGAACCCCGGUUGCUUCAAAGUGACUAAGUUGCUGUACCAGCUAUCCCAGUUUAGUGUGCAACACACUUUAACAACCAUGAUGAAGACGGAGAAGCACAAGCAGUUGUACAAUGAAGCCACUGAGAGGUACAAGUCGGGUGGCAAGGACUUUGUAGAGUACAUAGAUAAAGAAACUGAGACAUUAACAAAUAAGUUGGUAGUUUACCAGCAGAAGAAGCUGGCUGUACAGAAAAUAAGUGAGCUAAUGAAGAAACAGAUACUGAAAAAUGAGAAAAAAUAUGAAUCUAUUAAAGCUAAAGAUCCACUCAAUAAUAUUGUGGAUGGAUUCCUAGCCUCACACCAUUAUAAUGAUAUAGAUGAGAAUAAGGCGGCCAGUGAAAUCAUACAAAUAACACAAAUUAUGGAGCCGGCACCUCUUUUCAAUACCUGGCUGGAACAUGUUGAUGAAAAAAUCAUAAAUAUGGAAAGAGAUUGGGAUGAAAAAGUUCAUCCAUUUUUGGAGACUGCUAAAAGCUGCCACGAGUGCACAGAAGCUUUGAUCCUGCGGCAAACUGGAGAAAUGGAUAAAAAAUCUUUCAUGCUGGAGUACAAUCAUCAAACUGAUGAAAUAAAUACUGCAGAUCUACAGCCGCUAGUCAACAGCCAACAGAAAUACGUUCUCAAAAACAUAGUUAAAGAAGAAAGACUGAAUUUCCCAAACCUCAUCAGAGGCUUUGUCAUUGCGACCUGCUACAUCCUGAAAAAUGCAGAGCUCGGAGAGGAUAUUUACAAAUUGAGUGAAUAUUUGCAGACUGAAAGGAGGAACUAUGCUGAAAUAGUGUCUGCUUUCAAGCUACUGUAUGAGAGAGUACUGACAGCAGAAGUCAAAUUACAGCAAUCACCAAUCAACCACAUGGACCAGUCAAUAUCACUGAAAGAGCUGUGUGAAAUCCCCCGCCUGCCAGACCUCAGCGACCUGAAGAGCACCGGAGAUUUGAGCUUGUACCCCAUGUUCGACACAUUCAGUCCCAUCAACCUCUCCAAAUUCCACUUCAACACGCGACGGAAGACAUCUAUGCACACAUUCCUAAAACCACAGCCGAGAUCACUGAUCACCCCGUACCAACAACCACAACGCCAUGACUUCCUCUCAAGUUUGGUCUCCUGCAGAUUUGGCUCAGACAACCGCAACAAACUGGACAUGAGCCAGAAUAUUUCAAUUAUUUCCCAAAACGCUGGCCGAGGGAAUGAAACCAUAGCGGAGUGUACUUCAGGUUUCACAAAACAACAAAUACAGAGGCUACUCUCAACUAAAAAGACGAGUAGUUCGAAAAAACACAAGUUUAAUGGCGAGCGGCCACAAACAGUGAAAGUCGUGAAAGGUGGUCUAUUCAAUGACACGGGAGACAGUGGACUAUUCAGAAGUCACUCCAGUCCAAAUCUGUUCGAGAAUCGAGAGAGGAAGUCGUUUAGUAAAGGACGCGCCAGAAAACUGUCUGUCAUGAAAGAAGACAGCCCAACAUCGCUACUUGAAGUAUCUGGCAUCAGUCCCUACCACAUAUCUAAAGAGGACGAUUUCAACCAUCAACUUUCCGAAGAGGAAAAAAUCGAGAUUAAACCCAUGAAGGACAUAUCAAUACACAUAAGCACAGAGCAUUUAUGUGCAAACACACCGACAGCCAUCACCAAGCCAAUCAGAAAGACAAGUUCGAUAGAGAAAAUCAUCAACCGAUUCAAGAAGGUCCGAGAAAGCGUGAUACCUGACAACCACGACGACAGCCGUAAAGAUUUCAACACCAUUUUAGAAGGUAAGGAGAAUGAUUUCAACCAGAUAAACACCAUAUUCACGGCUAAUAGGGUCCUAUUGCCUGACCUGUUGAGUCCGAGCUACAGUGUGGCUCAGGAGAAGCCUACGGAUAUUCUGGACCAGUUAUGCUUCGAGAUGGAAGAGAAAGAGGGCCGCAAACCCCGACAGAGCCUGGGUACUGCGCUGGGCGUCGACAACACGUUCCUAGACCAGUUCGAACUGAUAGACUGAACCCUAAAGUCUGUUUUAUAAUCUCAGAUACUAAAUUGACAGAUUCUGAAAGGUUCAUCAACAGUCGAUUGUCCCGCCAACAGAAUGUAAUCGACAAAGUAAUCAACUGUUUAUGAUGAACCGUUCAGAAUGUGUCAGUUAAGUACCUAUCCGAGAUUAAAAAACAGACUGUACAUAGAUACCCCUACAUUAUAAAGAAGGUCUCAUGCAUGAUAAAAUAGAUUACACGUAUAAAUUAUUGUUACUAUUUUCACGCUAUUGUAUUUCUUACAUAAGGGCGAGUUUCUAAUGCCUUUGACUCGACGUUUACUGCUGGACAUUGUUAGGCGUUAUGUAACCUUUUUAGUAUUUAUAUAUCGUACUAAUUCCUAGAUUCCUACUAACUAGAACAAAUUAUUUAGCAAAAUUUUGAAUAAGCACUGAGAUUUGUCGUUUUAACAAAAUAGUGUAGUUUGAAGCAGUUAACUUUAUUAACUUUAAAAGACUGCACAAUGUUUUCAUAGUUUUAAAUUGUAUAUACUUAUUUUAGUUCGUAACCUAGUGUCUUCUCUAUUAAAUGCUUUAAUCUUUAAUAAUUAGGUUUAACUUAU